CAUCUCUUUGCCCCAGUGUAAUAAAAUCCUUCUAAUAAUUGGAGGGAAAAUAGCUAGAGCAUGGUGCCGUGGCCCAAGCUGUCUAUAUUGCUGAUUGCCCUUGGUCCCCUGGCAACUCUUGUCACCAUAUCAUUUCGUACAAGAAUCUAUCUCUCUCUCUCUCGCCCCCCCCACCACCACCAAGAAAAGGAUGAUACUAUGUAUGUCUUGUGGUUUACAAAACUAUCCUACAACUCUAAGAUCGAUUGAGGAGUGGAAAGUGAGAGUUGUGCAACCAACAUUAGAAGAUUGGUUGAGUUUUUGAAUAAACGACAAAGACUCCAUAGAUAAGUUGCUAUAAUCCAUUCAUACAGUACUUGCUACCAAUUAAGUGCACCCCAUCACCCCCCCCCCCCAAAAAAAAAAAAAUCGAAGUUGUAACGACAUUGUUCCUUUUUUAUUUUUUUUUUUAUUUUUUUUUUAUACCUGCAAUAUUAUUUCCUCCUCUGAAUACCCUGCAGCCACAAAACCUCUCCAAUGGAACCAUCUGUAUGUGGAGAAGAUGAUAUGGUUAGGUGGUUUGAGGACGUGACGGAGAACGCCGGCUUGGUUCAAACGCAGACGCUCCGGCAGAUACUUGAGCUGAACUUCGAAGUGGAAUAUCUCAAGAAAUGGUUGGGGGACAUCGAAAUCAAAGAGGUAGAUGCAUGUGUGUUGGAAUCACUCUACACUUCCUUGGUGCCUCUUGCUUCACAUGCAGAUUUAGAACCUUACAUUCAAAGAAUUGCAAAUGGGGACUCAGGCCCCAUUCUCACAAAACAGCCUAUGACUACUCUCUCCUUAAGUUCUGGAACCACUGAAGGAAGACAGAAGUACGUACCAUUUACGCGCCACAGUUCACAGACCACUCUUCAAAUUUUUAGGCUGGCUGCAGCUUAUAGAUCAAGGGUUUAUCCGACGAGGGAAGGAGGAAGGAUCCUUGAAUUCAUAUACAGCAGUAGACAAUUCAAAACCAAGGGAGGAUUAACAGCAGGAACAGCCACAACUCACUACUAUGCCAGCCCGGAAUUCAAAAUCAAACAAGAAAAAACCAAGUCAUUCACUUGCAGCCCCGAAGAGGUCAUUUCGAGUGGUGACAGCAAGCAAUCGACUUAUUGUCACCUCCUCCUCGGCCUCUUCUUCUCUGAGCAAGUAGAGUUCAUUACCUCUGCCUUUGCCUACAGCAUAGUGCAGUCCUUUAUAGCUUUCGAAGAGCUCUGGAAGGAGUUGUACAUUGACAUUCGAGAUGGCACUCUCAGUAAACGAAUCAAUCUCCCGCAAGUGAGAAAAGCUGUCUUGGGUAUCAUCUCGCCAAACCCAAUUCUAGCUUCGAAAAUAGAAGCUUGCUGCAGGGAGUUGGAGGUUUUGGAUUGGUUUGGUCUAAUUCCAAAGCUUUGGCCUAAUGCCAAGUAUGUGUACUCUAUAAUGACAGGAUCAAUGCAGCCGUAUGUGAAAAAACUCCUGCGAUAUGCAGCGGAAGUGCCGCUAGUAAGUGCAGAAUAUGGAUCAACUGAGAGUUGGAUUGGGGUGAAUGUGGAUCCUUGUUUGCCUCCAGAGGAUGUGACAUUUGCAGUGGUGCCAACUUUUUCCUACUUUGAGUUCAUACCACUUCAUAGACAGAAGCAAGAUUACAAUUUGGUCAUGGAUGAUUUCAUAGAAGAUAAACCAGUCCCAUUGUCACAAGUCAAGGUUGGACAAGAGUAUGAGAUUGUCCUCACUACUAUCACUGGACUUUAUAGGUACAGGCUAGGAGAUGUGGUGGAAGUGGCAGGUUUCCACAAUGGGACUCCAAAAUUGAACUUUAUAUGCAGGAGAAAGCUUAUUUUGACAGUAAACAUAGACAAAAACACUGAAAAGGACCUUCAAAUAGUGGUGGAGAGAGGGUCUCAACUGUUGAGCAGCUCCAAAGCAGAACUGAUUGACUUCACAAGCCAUGCUGAUGUGCUGACCCAACCAGGCCACUACAUAAUAUACUGGGAGAUCAAGGGGGAAGUUGAAGAGAGGCUCCUUGGUGAAUGUUGCAGAGAAAUGGAUGCAUCUUUUGUGGAUCAUGGUUACGUUGUCUCAAGGCGAAACAAUUCGAUCGGACCUCUAGAGCUUCGAAUUGUGGAGAAGGGAACGUUCAAGAAAAUUUUGGAACAUUUCUUAGGAAAUGGAUCGACAUUGAGCCAAUUCAAGACCCCUAGGUGCACUAGCAACAAGGUGCUCCUAAGUAUUCUCAACUUAUGCACCAUUAAAAGGGUUUACAGUACUGCAUAUGCUGAUUAGCAACAUUAUUGUAUUUGGCAAAAGUGCAUAUGGCGGGUUAAAUUCUUCUGAAAUUACAUGUCGAAAUCAUUAGUUUGGCUCAGAAAUAAAGUUUAAUUCUAUCUAAUGUCGGCAAUUUCUUUGUAGAGUUCUUGUGCUUAUGCAAUGUAUAUACAUUCCUACGUGUGAAGGAUAAAAACGAUAAUUUCUUCAAAUUGUCUUUACUACUAGAAUGUGAGAAGCCAACUUUGGUGUCCCAACCUUCACUAAAAAUAAUUGGACAACAAUGCCCCUAAAACAAAAAAAUUUUACAACAGACUAAAAAUAAUAGAAACAAAAUAGCAGGUACACUUUUGUGACAAAAACUAAAAUAAAAACAGAAUUAAAAAUCCAAAUUAUUGGAACCCUAAAAAAAAUAAAAGAAGAAUUUUAGUUAAAGAGGAAAACCACUACAAUAAAAACACCAUGUUC